AUGGGUGCUGGUGACAGCAAACUGUCCUUCAAAAAAGGCGUGUUUCGCCUUGCUGAGGAACAUAAUAUACCGGCAAAUGACCCCUAUUGGCUUUCAUUUUGGGAGCUACCAGAAUCCGCCGAAGACGUAUUUACUCUCUUCUCCGCGGCAGAUAUCCGCCGCACUCGCGAUGCACAUCUGGAGAAUCUCGAAACUCUUAUCCUUUCUUUAGCUUCCAGACUCUUCACUCUGAGAAGCCAUCUAUCAUUCCCCGACCCAGAUCACGCCCCAGAGCGGGACGCUCUCAAUUGCAUUCGGAUCCUAACCAGGGUUUUGCCCUUUAUCUAUGAGAAGGAUGAGUUGGAAGAAUGGCAAGAAAGCUUCUUUUGGUCUCCUCGACGGAAAAGAUCAAGAGAUUCACCGACGGUUCGGACCGAAGUCUUGUUUGACGAGAGAAAUAGAGAGGAUGAGACCACCCCCCAGUCUCCAACAACUGGAGAAGAAUUUGAGCCAGCCCCUCCAUUAAUGGAAGAGCUGAUAGAUACGUUAAUCGACUUAUUAUUCUUUUCUGGAUUUACUCUGCCCCACUCGUUUUCUACAAAAGCAAAGGUCUCCUAUGCUAUUUGGCAAAGUGGUGUUGGCUGUAACACACCAGUAGGAACAACAAAGGAAUUCGAGUCGAACAAGAUAGAGACUUUGAGGUUAUUGCUAGCGAUCGUAUCGAAAGCUGUAUUUAUGCCUGCAAACAUAUUACCUAUAAAAGGGACAAGAGCCUUGACCUAUAUGGUUACCUGUAGCGACAAAAAGAUCGUUCUGUCAACAUUAUGCUCACUUUUGAAUACCACUUUGAAAUACAAUCCAGCGAGCUGGAGGGUACCGUACGACCACGUUGUAUUCACCGACCCUCGACAGGUGCUUGUGACCUACUGCUUACAACUUCUCCUGGUUUUACUGUUAUAUCCCGUCCCAGAGGGCUUUUCAAAUGAACUACAAGCAAAAAAUAAUUAUCGACAUUACUUAGGGAGAUUACAUAGGACUCAGGACUUUCAGUUUUUGGUCGAUGGUAUGACACGGGUCUUGAAUCAGCCGAUUCAAGCUACGACUUCAUACCUUCCAGGAAGCCAGAAAACAAUCAAAUGGGCACCGGAAAUGAUCAUGCUUUUCUGGGAGAGUCUGCAAUGCAACAAACGAUUUCGAAGUUUCAUAAUUGAUACCAAUCGGACUGGAUCCUUCCAAAUCGGGCGUCGUGCGGAUAAUACGCUACCAGUCAGCGUCAGGAUCCCAUCUUUCAGUGGAACAUAUGCAGACUACUUGAUAAUUUCCAUUUAUAGCUUGAUUACAAGCAGCAAAGGAAAACUAGGAGCAGUGUAUCCAGCGUUAUUAGCAAUUGUAGCUAACGUUGCACCACACGUUCAAGGCCUGUCAUCAGCUGCCAGCGGGAGACUAGUGCAGCUAUUCGUCUCAAUGUCGGCUCCAGGGUUCUUGCUGGCAAACGAAACGAAUCACUCAUUAUUGCAUUCUCUCCUAGAGUCUUUAAAUUCUAUUAUCGAACAUCAAUACUCAGAAAAUCCAAAUUUCGUUUAUGUUUUACUCCGGUCUCACAAAAGAUUCGAGGCUCUUCGGAACUUUACUCUCGAGAGCGGACAGGAGGAGAUCGACCGCCAGAAUAGGCUUAGAAAGGAUAGGAGUGAAAACGAAAGUCAAAGCCCUCCUAAAAUGUCAUUCAAUGAAGAAUUGCAUGGCCAAGCACAAAGAUCAGGACCUGAUACACCGACUCCACCAAGUCAAUUUGAAAUUGGAGAUGAUGAUGAUUCUGAGGAUGAGAUUAAACACAAAAAUCAAUCUUCUGCUGCCUCCAGUGGUGCUGUUGCUUCGCCCCCCCAAAAAUCACGAAAUCCUUCCUUAUCCUCAUCUGUCGAAGAUGCGGUUCCAUUGCAGCUGCGCGGAAUGUCCGAAAAGGCUAGAGGGAAGCUCCCCGAAGGUUCCUUCCAGCGGCAGGGUAGCACAACUAGCCUAGCUAGUCAUAUUAGCACCAAUAGCCCUGGGAUAUCCGCCACAGGAUUUACCCCUUCUGCGGCUUGGAUUGAGACAUGGCUUCCACAUUUACCACUACACACAGUCCUCAUUUUGAUUCAGCAACUACAACCCCAGUUACGAUCAGUCUCAGGUAGUGGCGGUGGAACACAGGAAUCUAACGCCACUUUAAUGCUUGAGCGUAUCAGAACGACAGAAGUUCAUGGGAUUGAGCCAUCUCUUGUCAAGACCCACAUGUUUGAAUGGAGUCCUCUAGCACUGGGAUGGUACGAAUCUUUAUUAUGGGGGUUUAUCUUCGUAUCCGAGAGACAUGUAUCCAAGGGUACUGUUGGGGUUUGGAACGGAACCGCGGUUAAGCUUUUUAGAGUUCAGGAAACCGCCCCAGAAGGUCCUAGUCUUUUGGCACCACGAGGAGGUGUAGAUGCCAUUGGAACCAACCUAAUCGAGCGACUAGGAAAUGUAAGUCUAGGAAGAGGACAGUCACAGCCGCAGACUAAUGUUGGAGACCAUGUUGCCAUAGAACGGCACCCAACUGUGUAA